CCGACAAUCAUUUCAUCGACAAACGUUUCACCGACAUAUAUAUAUAAUUGAAAAUUUCAGUUUACUUAUUCGCCACAUUCCUGCUCUAGCUUUCUUACCCCAUAAUAAUAUACCAUCAGCAUUUGAUGAACUAAGAGGGCCAUCAUGCCAGAAGAAGCAUCAUGGAAUGGUUUGAAAUCUUUACAUCCGUGUAGGAUACGACGAACAAGAAGAAGUGGGAAUAUAAUCCGUUAUUCACACUCAAUCUGGUCGGUAACAGACGAUAUUGAGUACACUUUUCCUAGAACCCAGAAUGUCGUCGAAGCAUGGCAUAGGAGAUGGAAUACAUUGGUGGGUCAUGCACACAUAGGUGUCUUCAAAAUAAUAAAAGAAAUACAGUAUGAACAAAAUCAAGUUGAAAAUAAUAUCGAGUCGAUUUUGCGAGGAGCCCACAGCUUUUACGAAAGAAAUUGAUUUCCUUAGGGGAAAUAGCACAUAAUCUAUCAUUUUAGCUUAAUUCCAAAAGUACUUUUCAC